AUGUUCAAGCCACCGAAAAACAUAAAAUGGACCGACUGGGCGCAGGAGUACGCUGCACUCCUCGGCUCCUUCGCCUCCUUCAUCGCCAUGGUGGCCCUCCUGGCUGCUUUCGACGGGAAGGUCGUCGCGACAUGGAACGGCGUGACACUCAACGCCGUCGUCUCCAUCCUCUCCCUGAUCAUGAAGGCGAGCCUCGCCUACGUCCUCGCCGAGUGUCUGGCACAGUGGAAAUGGGUUCUAUUUGCGCGCGAGGCGCGGCCGCUCAUCGAAUUCGACCGUAUUGAUGCUGCGACCCGCGGUCCGCUCGGAAGCUUGAGGGUCCUCGCGAGGACGAAAGGCCCGAUCUCGCUCUGGCUUGGAGCUGUCGUGACACUGCUCGCCAUAGGCAUUGAUCCCUUUACGCAGCAGUUGAUACAGUUCCGGUCUGGCCUCGUCAGCGAGCCCUCGCACGCUGCCCGCAUACUGACCCUAACAAUACGAUUGGCGGCCUCAUUCUUACGAACAGCGUCACCCAGAGGAACCUAUAUGAGAUGGUCGAGAUUAUUGUUGUCGUUACGAGCGAAUUCACGCUACGAGAUGGAGAUGACAGAAUCAUACUGA